AUAUAAUAUCAGAUAGGGGAUAGUUUCCUUAAUUUCUAUUAUAAUUUAUAAUACAUAAUUCCCUUUGGUUGAUAAGUAAUAACUAAUUACUAACAGCUUAUAUUAAUAUUCUAAGCUGUAAAAAAUGUGUAUUCUGUUUAUGUGAACAGUGAACGUGUUUAACAAGCAAUUUUAUUUAUAUUUUAAUAUAAAUGAAAGGAAUAUAUUAAAUUUUGGUUACAAACAAUUAAUACGACAUGUGUGGCAUAUUUUGUGAAAUAAGUUGCAAGGAAUGCAUUGUAGUAAAGGAUACUCAAGUAAUUGACAGGAUUAAGAAUAGAGGACCUAACUGGUAUGAUAUUAUUAACAUAACUGGUGAUACUAGAAUCAAUGCAUCAUUCUGUAGUUCAGUAUUACACACGCAAGGGCCGGAGCUGACAGAACAACCAGUGGUGAAUGAUUGUGGCAUACUACUUUAUAAUGGUGAUAUUUAUGAUGAGACUUGGGACAUAGAGAAGAGUGAUACAGAAGAAAUAAUGCAUAAACUUAAUAACAGAAAUGAUACAAAAUCAGAGCAGGAAAUCAUAAAUAUUUUGAAGUUACUCAAGGGUCCUUUCAGCAUUAUAUAUUACAAUAAAGCUACGAAUGACCUGUUCUUCACCAGAGAUAAGAUUGGCAGAAAUAGUUUAUUGUUCCAUAUAAAUAAUAAGUCAUUUGUGAUCAGUAGUGUCUUAAGUAGAAAAUAUUAUGAAUGUGUUGAAGUUCCAGCAACUCACAUUCAUGUUCUGAAUUUAAGAAGUAAUAUAAUUUCUCUUCAUCCUUGGGAUUGUGAGGCUUUAUCAUCUGAAAAACAUGAUUUAGAAGAUUGGUUUAAUAUACUACAAUCACGACAAAUGUUAUCUGAUGAACAGUUUGUUCUUGAAUAUCACAGUACUCAGAAUUUGUUUAAUGAAGACAAUGUCGUUGAAUAUAUACAGACAAUUGCUGAUACAAUUAAGUGUAAACUGACAUUAAUGAAAAAAAUUAUGGAACAAUCUGUAAUUAAUGAAACCAUUUUUAAAAUUACGAAGCUGUUAGAGAAAAGUGUAGAAAUUCGCCUAAAGAGACAGCCAGCAAAAUGCAAACUUUGUAUCACACUAAAUGCAUUAAUUUGCCAUCACAGUUCAGUUGGAAUACUUUUUUCUGGUGGUUUGGAUUGUACGAUACUUGCUUUUAUAGCAGACAAAUACAUAAGCCAAGAACAAAGCAUAGAUCUAAUAAACGUUGCUUUUAGCAAGAAUAAUAAUCAAUCUUAUGAUGUACCAGAUAGAAUAACUGCGAAACAUUCUUUAGAGCAAUUAAAGAAAUUAUGCCCAAAACGGGAAUGGGUAUUUAGAGAAGUUAAUGUGACAAAAGAAGAAUUAGAAAGGUGUCAAGCUUCAACAAUAGCAGAUUUGGUAUAUCCAAGAAAAACAAUUCUGGACGAAAGUUUGGGAUCGGCUUUGUGGUUUGCCGCGCGAGGACAAGAUAAUGACAGCAUAUCUACUUCUAGGGUAUUAUUAUUAGGAUCUGGAGCGGAUGAGCUAUUUGGCGGCUAUACACGACAUAGAAAUGCUUUUAGACGACGUGGUUGGUCGGGACUUGCAGAGGAAUUAGACCUUGACUGGAAAAGGAUAUCUUUCAGAAAUUUAGCUCGAGAUAACAGAGUAAUUUGCGAUCAUGGUAGGCAACCUAGAAUGCCUUAUUUGGACGAGGAUUUUACCGAAUUUGUAUUAAAAUUGAAACCUUGGUUAAAAUGUUUCCCCAGCGAUAGUUUAGGCCCUGGGGUUGGUGAUAAGUUAAUGUUAAGACUUAUUGCCGUAAAUCUUGGGCUGGCAGAUGUGGCUUUAUUUCCCAAACGAGCAUUGCAAUUCGGUUCGCGUAUAGCCAAUAAAAACGAAAAAGGAAGUGAUUUAUCUAAAUCGUUUUUAUGUGAAAAUAAUAAAAAAUAAAAUACACUUAUAGCAAUAGAA